AACAGAGGCCGCGCGCCCGCCGCCACCGCCCAGAGGAGGCGGGGCCGUUUGGCGUCAUUUCCGUCCAGGCCGGAACCCAAGAUGGCUGCGCUGUUGUUGAGACAUGUUGGCCGUCAUUGCCUCCGUGCCCACCUUAGUCCUCAGCUCUGUAUCAGAAAUGCUGUUCCUUUGGGAACCACAGCCAAAGAAGAGAUGGAAAGAUUCUGGAAUAAGAACAUUGGUUCAAACCGUCCUAUGUCUCCCCAUAUCACUAUCUACAGUUGGUCUCUUCCUAUGGUGAUGUCCAUUUGCCACCGUGGAACUGGUAUUGCCUUGAGUGCAGGGGUCUCUCUUUUUGGCUUGUCCGCCCUACUGGUCCCUGGGAACUUUGAGUCUCAUUUGGAACUUGUAAAGUCCCUGUGUCUGGGGCCAGCACUGAUCCACACAGCCAAGUUUGCACUUGUCUUCCCUCUCAUGUAUCACACCUGGAAUGGGAUCCGACACUUGAUAUGGGACCUAGGAAAAGGCCUGAAGAUUCCCCAGCUAUACCAGUCUGGAGUGGUUGUCUUGGUUCUUACUGUGUUGUCCUCUGUAGGGCUGGCAGCCAUGUGAAGAGCUAAAGUUUCCAACAUCAUCUUCCUACAAAUGAUUAUAUUGACCUGUCUUCCUGUUUGUCACCCUUAUCUCCAGCCAGGACAAAGUUCUCCUGAUUUGUUUAGUCCCUUUUGUGCUUGCACAUCCCCUUGGAGCUCAGCAAUAGUGUACCAUAUAGAAACAUAGUAGUGGAAAAGGGUCCACUUUUCCCCUUGUUUCUAAAGAUGGAAUGACUGCAAAACUCCCUUUUCCUGUCCCCAGCUUGCAGCCUACUCUGGGCCUAGGACCCUUAUUCUGUCUCCAUAUUGGGCCUUGAUUUGUGCUGAGGGUCAGCUUUUGGCUCCUUCUUCCUGAGACAGUGGAAACAAUGCCAGCUCUGUGGCCUCUGCCAUGGGGACUGGGAGUGGGGCUUCGGGUGCCACUGCCUGUGGGUUGCUGGUUUAAAGGACAGUUCUGUUCAUUGGUCAGAGCCCAGGGUCUUUAGCACCCACGCAGUAUGACUGAAAGAAGAGGGGUGGGGGUGGAGGGGAAUUAGCCUGUCCCAGCUAGAGGGAGAUAAAGAGAGUGAGUUGGCUCUUGGAGCAGGUGCUUUGGGGAGAAGAUACAUAGCUUACGAUGCAAGAGGAAGAUCCAGAAAAUUAUCAUUGAACCUAUUAAGGGUUAUUUCUUUUCCUUGCCUUUCUGGAAAAACAAGCCUCUUAUUGUCAUGUUCUCUAAUCCAAAUUCAUGUGACGUCUUUUUCUGAAACUGAAUUAAAAUACUCAUUUUGUCUUUGA